AUGUCGACGAGAAGAUCAGCUCGCCUGAGCGCAGCUUCUUCGGCCAAUGAAAAAGAUACAAUUUCAGAUAGGGAAGUCUCUCCCAGGAUGACCACCGUGUCUAAGAAGCGCAGGAAUUCCAAUAUGGAGGCCUUGCCUACUGCGAAUGGCGAGAAUUCAGGUCCAUCCACGCCCAAGAGGAAGCUUGCGGUAAAUAAUGUACCACUCAUGACACCGACUCCGUCUGCAGUAGGACUCAUAGCAGCACCGUUCGCUACUGGUAGAAUGGCUCCUCCGCCCAUCAAUCGUCUCACAGUUCCAAACGGAACCAACGCAACGCUUGUGACUCCAGAGACCCAUCGGGUAAUAGUCAAUCAUCCUAUGGACCAAAUUUCCCCUUCAAAGGCGACUAAGGUCACAACUGCGAGCAAUUGCAUUCUCGACGAGGCUGUGGCCCAUUUGAUCAAGGUCGAGCCGAAGCUGAAGCCCGUAAUCGAGAAAUACCCUUGCCACAUGUUCUCGCCCGAUGGUCUCGCAGAGGAUAUAGACCCUUUCAUGAGUCUGGCAAGCGGUAUCAUCUCGCAGCAGGUCUCUGGGGCGGCAGCAAAAAGCAUCAAAGCUAAAUUUGUCGCGCUUUUCAAUACCGAUCAACCAGAUGUUUCUCUUCAUAAGUUUCCAGCUCCAUCUCAAGUAUGUUCCACCAAGAUUGAGGUACUCCGAACAGCUGGUCUCUCGCAACGCAAAGCCGAGUAUAUCCUUGGAUUGGCUGAGAAAUUUCACAAAGGCGAGAUUACAACGUCUAUGCUAUCUACUGCUACCUAUGAAGAGGUUCUUAAGGAGCUGAUCCAAGUCCGGGGACUGGGCAAAUGGAGCGUUGAGAUGUUCGCCUGCUUUGGAUUGAAAAGGAUGGAUGUGUUUUCCACAGGGGAUCUCGGAGUACAGCGAGGCUUGGCUGCAUUAGCAGGGAAGAAUGUUAGCAAGCUGAAAGGCAGUAAAGGCGGAAAGUGGAAAUACAUGAGCGAGAAGGAAAUGGAGGAAAUGGCCGAGAAGUUCAAGCCUUACAGGCAGGGCGCGAGCGUUGCAGUCUGCCCUCUGUUCGUCGCCCUACAAAUGAUGUCCAGGUUUUCCUGUCUUCAGCUCAGCCGUUCCUCGGGCCUUCCACUAUUGCCAUCUGCACUUCUGCGCACCAUCGUUGUGCAAGGUGGAGAUUCAAGGUCCCCAGUGAAAGUCGUCGAGUAUGGAGAUGGAGACGCCUCAAAUUUUGUUCCUGUGGAGUGGGAUAGUGGGACUUUGCUGGUGUGCUGGUGUGCUGGUGUGCUGGUAUGCUGGUGGUUAAUCACAGGCAGGAUGAACUGUGCUGUGGCGGAUUUCUCCGUUGUACUGUAG